AUGAAACUAAUGAAAAAAUCUUUAUUUAAAAUUAUAUUUAUUCUAUUAUUUAUUGGUUUGAUCUAUAACAAUCUUUCAUGUAAUGUUAUUAAAACCUCCACAUCUAAUCUGACAUCAUUAAUGAUUCCAUUUGAAUAUAUUAAUAACAUUUCCAAUGAUUUUUGUUCGGAAUUUUUACUUAAACAACGAUAUCAAUUAGAAUUUCAUCAACUUGAACAUUAUUCUUCUGAAAAAAUGUACUCUAAACCAUUAAUGAACAAAGAUUCAAUUGAAUCAUUUCCUAAAUUACCUUAUUUUUAUUCCUUAUGGAAAAAUUCUUCAAUUCUUCCACGUUUAUUAAGUCCAUGUGAACAUCAAUUAUAUGUGAAAUUAAUUCAAAUAUUUGAUCAUAUAUGUCGAACUUAUUCAAUAAAAUAUUUUAUUAGUUAUGGAACAUUAUUAGGAUCAUAUAGACACCAUGAUAUAUUACCAUAUGAUGAUGAUGUUGAUAUUUUGAUACAUAUGAAAUAUUAUUCAAACUUGUCUCAAAUCAAUCUAUUAAAUAAUUCAACUGAUUGGAAAUUUUAUCUAAGUUCUAACGCAAAUAUGAAGUUUUAUUUCAUUUCAUCUAAAUCAGUUGGAAAAUAUCCAUGGAAAUGGCCUUUUAUUGGAAUUGAUUUUUAUACAGAUAAUCAAACACAUAUUAACCCAGGUGUUUUUAUAAAGAAAGAAUAUAUAUAUCCACUGGUAUAUUAUCCACUAAGUACACUUUGGUUACCUGGACCAAAAAAUAUUGAAAUGUUUUUUAAAUCAGUAUCAAAAUCUUAUUAUUUUAACUUCUCAAUUGAUAAAAUAUGUUAUUCACAAAGUUAUUCGCAUAAAGAUGAAAUGUGGAAAUAUAAACACAAAACAGUUAAUUGUACACAAUUAUUGAAUACUUAUCCAUUUAUUCAACACAUAUGUGACGAUCAUUAUUGUUAUCAGCAUUUUAUGUUAAAUAAUCGAACAAGAUUAUAUAUUUUAAAAAUCAAUAAAGAUUAG